UCCCACACUCCACUCAUCUCUUCUCCUCUCUCAAAAACUCAAUUGAAAGAACAGAAAAUAACCCUAGCGGAACCCACAGCCACCGCAUCUCCCCCAGCCCCGUAGCACCCAGCCGCUGCACCCACCGCAACCCCCGCAGCCCCACAGCCCCACAGCCCCGCGGAACCUACAGCCACCGCAUCUCCUCUCCUCUGUUCGCCGGUGUCGCGCCAUGGAAGCUCCGUCGCCGUCCUAGGAAGCUGUGUCGCCGUCGUGUGGAAGCUCUGUGGCCGUCGCCGUCUCCUCUUUUCAAGUGCUCUCUCUCUCUGUUCGCCGGUGUGGCCGUCUCCUCUGUCAUCGCCGUCACUCCACUUCCUCCUCGCCGCCGGUAAGCAGUUUUCUGGUACUGUGUACUGUCUUUGGGAGUGCCUUGUUUGUUUAUGGACUACUCUGAUCUCCUGAAAUUGUUGUUUGCCAUUGCUAUUUGGUGCUCUGCUUACAUUACUGUUGCCAUUCUUACUUCCUUUCGCGCCGUCAAUUGUCUUUCUGCUUGAGCUUCAGAGGGAAAAUUGUUUGGAAUUUGAUACGAGGACAUCAUGGGCUAUGCACAACUUGUUAUAGGUCCAGCUGGUAGUGGCAAGUCAACAUAUUGCUCGAGUUUGUAUGAACAUUGUGUAGCUGCAAGGCGUACAAUAAAUAUUGUGAACCUGGACCCUGCCGCUGAAAACUUUGACUAUCCUGUUGCAAUGGAUAUAAGGGAACUGAUUUCCCUGGAAGAUGUUAUGGAGGAGCUUGGAUUAGGCCCUAAUGGUGGUCUUAUGUACUGCAUGGAACACCUUGAAGAUAACCUCGAUGAUUGGCUUGAGGAAGAGCUGGACAACUAUUUAGAUGAUGAUUACCUGGUCUUUGACUGCCCUGGCCAGAUAGAACUUUAUUCACAUGUGCCUGUGCUCAAGAAUUUUGUGGAACAUUUGAAACGUAAAAAUUUCAACAUUUGUGCUGUGUACUUGCUUGAUUCACAGUUCAUGAGUGAUGUGACAAAAUUUAUCAGUGGGUGCAUGGCUUGCCUUUCCGCAAUGGUUCAACUUGAAUUACCACAUGUGAAUAUCCUAUCAAAAAUGGACCUUGUGACUAACAAAAAGGAUCUUGAAGAGUUCUUGGAUCCAGAGCCUACUUUUUUACUGUCUGAAUUGAAUCAACGAAUGGGUCCUCAGUUUGCGAAGCUUAAUAAAGCUUUGAUUGAACUGGUAAAUAACUAUAGCAUGGUGAGUUUUAUACCACUGGACUUGAGGAAGGAAAGAAGUAUCCAAUAUGUGUUGAACCAAAUCGACAACUGCAUCCAGUAUGGAGAAGAUGCAGAUGUGAAGGUUAAGGAUUUUGAUCCGGAGGAUGAUGAUGAGUAGCUACUAUGUUGCAAGUGCUACAUACUUGGAAUGAUUCAAAAUUUGGUUUUUUAAUUGACAUAAUGGUGGGUACUUUGUUGAUAUAUAGUAUAAAUUACUAAAAUGUUCUCUGAAUUGCCAAAAUAUGAUUUUCCAAAUGACGUCAAAGGUGGGUUGUAAGAUUGUGACCUUGAUGAUUUGUACAAAUCAGUGUCUGAACUGUCAGAAACCUUGGGUAGGGUCAUCAAUGGGUAAUUGGUAUGAAGUUGAACAUGAAGCAGUUUUAGACACAAGAAAUUCUUCUAACUGAAACAUCUGAUAUGCUACUACAUUAAAAUUA